CACAUCGUAUAACCAAACACAGUUUCAGUUUACAAUCCAUUAUGUCAAAGUUGAGUUUCAUCGAGUUCAAAUAUGGAUCAUUGAAAAGACCAACUGAUCAGUUGAACAGCAUCAACAAAACAAGACAAAGCUCCUGGAACAUGUCUUCUUACCAACCAAACAUGGAGGAAAUGAAAUGGGUGUUCAACAAAUUCGGCACCAACAAAGAUGGCAAAAUCUCCAAACAAGAGUACAAGUCGGCUAUGAAAAUAAUGGGGAAAGGAAUUACAGAUACAGAAAUGGUGAAAGCAUUUACUACCAUCGACACUGAUGGUGAUGGAUUCAUCGACUACAAGGAAUUCAUUCACAUGAUGCAUAACAUGGAAGAAGGGUUCAAUAACAAUGAUAUCAAAACAUCAUUUCGAGUGUAUGAUUUGAACGGUGAUGGGAAAAUAAGUGCAGAAGAAUUAAUGGCGGUGAUGAAGAAGAUAGGGGAGAGAUGUAGCUUGGAAGCUUGUCGUAAAAUGAUCAAAGGUGUGGAUGUUGAUGGGGAUGGUUUGAUUGAUAUCAAUGAGUUUAUGAUCAUGAUGACUCGUACCAUGAAACCCUUUCAAUGAUCCAUCUGGUGUUAUUUUAAUCUGGUGUUAUUUUAAGUAUUCUAGAUUUGUAAUAAGUAGUAUUUGCAGUUUUUAGAAUAAAAAGCAGGGUAUCAAAUAGCAUAAAAUUUGAACAUGAAA